AUGAGGGAGCCGGAGUCAUCCAGCCCAGAGGUGGAGCCCCAGAGCCUCAGGGCAUCUCCUCGAGGCCCCCUAAGGAGCCUGUCAAAGCAGUCCUGUGAGAACCAGGGGAAUCUUCUCCACUUUGAUCGGCAAGCCCCAGGCCGAAUUUCCACCUCUCCCACUUUGAGGAGACUGCGGGGUCGGGGCUGUGGAACAUCGCACUCCCUGCCUCAGCAAGAAACCCUGGAAGGGCCCACGGGGGGCAGCUGGAAGGAGCCUGCAGGCUGCCCGUGUUAUCUUUCCAAGAGUCUACCUGGAAGCCCAAAGGAUUCUUCGCACUCCUUAUGGCCCUGGGAACUCCACUCAAGAUUGCCUCCAGACCCCAAAAGGACCCUCAAGGCAGCUGAUUCAUUGGAGCCCCAGACAGGACCCACAGAUGAGGAUACCCUUCCUGUCCUUCAGCCCCUUGAUGAGGGGUCCCUUCCCCAGGCCUGUCUUCCAGAGAGAGUUGGCCACUCGUUGCCCAGCCCCACUGCACGGCCCCCGAGGUCUCAGGGAGAAGAAUUUCAUCAAUCCAGGUUCUACGAGCACAGACGGAGUUCUGUGGUGCUCAACUUGCCUGGACUUGAGGUAUUCCCAGGGGACCUUCUGGUGUCAGCUGGAGCUGCCGAUUACCUGUGCCACCCACUUCUGCUGCUGAAUUCAGAAUCCAAAAAGUCAAGAUGGCCUUUCUCCAAGAGAGGAGUGGGCAAAGACAAACACAAGCAUAUAUCUGAUCUGGAAAAUUGCCUUUCCUCUGUGAAGGUUACAGACUUCAGCCGCUAUGAGUUCCACAGCCUUAAGGAUAAGACCUGGAAUGAAGUCAUGGAAACACAUCAAAAACUUCCUACUGAUCAAUUAGACUUGAGAAAGCAGCAAGAGGCCUUGUGGGAACUUUUCACGAGUGAAUGCACUUAUUUCUUGGACCAUUUAUUAGUUCUUAAGAUGAUCUUCAUGAAUACACUAAAAUAUCUACAGACUCAUGAAUAUCUCCUGGAUGUGGAUUUAUGGAGACUUUUUGCAAACCUGGAGGAGUUAAGUCAGACGAGCUUUCAUUUUGUGACCAGUCUCUUUGCCAUCAUCAAAGACUACAUCGAUGCUUCUGAGACUUCACCAUCCAUGGAUUUCAUUUCUGUGCUCACAAAGUAUUUCCGAGGGAGCCUUUGUCAGAGCCACCAGACCUACUGCCUGAAUUACUCAGCUGCUGUCUUUUAUCUCGAGAGCCUGAGGCAGAGAGAGGACUUUGGAAUUUAUUUAAAAUGGUGUGAGAAAAAUGAAAAGUGCAGACGCCUUCACCUGCCUGAGCUGCUAGUGGCCCCACUACACAGGCUGACUCGAUAUCCCUUGUUGCUGAAGAAUAUCUGGAAAAGGAGUACAGACUCUACUGAGAAAAUCAUGAUCUACUCCAUGAAAGAAAAGGUGGAAAAGUCAAUCCGGGAUCUUGAAGGAAAAGUGAAGUGGCUGGAUAAUUUCCAAAAGUUUAGACAUCUACAGGAGAUCAUAGUGUGGCCUCCACUUUGGGAUAGAGAUAAAAGGUUUUUCAUUCCAGAGUGCCUGAAACAUGUUUUUAAAGAACACAUGGCAGAAAACAUCCUGUCACCAAGCAACAGACACCUUCUCUAUGAGGGAAAAUUAACUCUUGCAGAAAGUACAAGAUUCCUGGAUGUUUAUCUGUUCCUCUUUGAUGAUUUCCUCUUAGUUACGAAAACUAAGCGCAACAAAAAGAAAGGUGGAGGUUCAGACACCACUUAUAUGUGUCCUUCACUUACUGCUGAGCUGCAAACAGUAAUAAAAGAGGGUGGUUCAUGUACGGUUCUCGAUCAGCCCAUUCCACUCGAUAGAUUGGUAGUCAAAAGUAUCGAUCCACUCCAUGUGUCAGUCGUUGGCCUGAGACAUGCUUUCCUUAUUCAACAUGAAAACAGAUAUCGACAGUGCAUAGCAGCGUUCUUACUACAGGCCCAAACGGAAAACAUCAAAAAAACAUGGAUUACACAAAUAACAGCAGCAAUCUCUUGCUUCACCAAGAAUCAGGAAAUCAAGAACAUGUCUUUAUUCACAUCGCCUGUAGAAUCCUCUGAAAUUUAGGGACCUAAAACAAUCUUUUUAGACACGAGAGAUUAAGGUAGUCUUUCAUUCAAACUUCUGUAACAGUUAGUGAUGAGUUAGAAGGAAAUGUGCAUUAUAAAGAAGUUCCAGAAUUUGAGAAUUUGAGCUAGGAAAAUCGUCUAGAGGAAGAAAUUUGAACUUGGAGGAAUUUCUUGACAAGUAUGUACUGAUAUCCAGACUGCAUUAAAAUGUUUCGAUCAGGCUUCCCAGAGGAAUGAAGGGUGGUGCUACUAUCAUUUGUAAAGGGUGAGUGGCCAGAUGAAUGGGAGUAGAGGAGGGAAACGCUGAGUGUGUCCCAUAUAAAUUACGGCAUCUUACUCUGUGUAUAUCUAUAAUGAACUCGACUUUCCUACAUGGCUGUAAAUCGGUCUGACUGCUUUGCAGUCCUACGUCACACACAAUGAUAAUUCUUUUGAUACAAAGUUUGAUUGCUAUUUUAAUACAUUAAGCAAUAAAUAAGGUCUACAUUUAAUAGCAGUUUGGAAAUUCCUAUUCUCCAACAGUUUACUAACCUCAGGUAUACUUCAUAAUACUCUAACGCGGAAGUAGAAAAUCCCAACGACUAAAUUCCAUUAUUUUAAGAAAGAAAAAGCAAAUAUCUGUUCCAGUUUCACAAGUUAAUACUUAUACAUGGGAUAUUUUAUUAGGAAUAGUAAGAUAUCUUUCUCUAUACCUCACUUUUUGAAGAAUGAUGGAGUUUGGCAUAAAACUACCUUCUGGUUUCCAGUGUGUGUUUGUGUGUGUAUGUUUUAACAUAGUGCAGCCACUUAAUUUGGCAGGACUUGAAACUUCAUUAGAAUUUUUAUUAAGAAAGGCAGCUUGAAGUAUUAUAUUAUCAUGAUGGAAUGCACUAUUAACUACAUUUAAGGCACUAGUUUUUAUGGUCAGAUUAUAUCAAAUGGAAAUUCACAUAUUUCAAUUUCAGCCAUGGUACCUUGGAGUAAAUAUAUCAACUUGGGCUGCAAAGACAAAUACCUGAACUGAUCUCUUUCAGUUGAAGAAGGGGAUAGUGAAGAGGAAGCUUGGGCAAGUCAUGUGUACAGUUAAUUCUUUGAGGAAAACACAAAUUUCACUAUGCAAAUGGGCAGUACAGAUGAGUGCAGCACAAAGGCUCUUAUGCAAAGGCCGAGUCUCUGUGUAAUAAUGUCAGACACUUAUAGGAGUAAGUGAAAAUAAAAGGGAAAUCUGGAAAGCAGUAACUACUUUUAAUAUCUAAAAAUAAUUGGGAAAAAAGACAAAGAAAGGGAGAAUAGACUUCAAGUGAGUUCUUAGAGAUGGAACUUGGAUGAGAUUGAAAGCAAUUUAUGUCCAGGAGAAGACAAAUAAACUUAUGCAAAGCAAGAUUCAGGGAAAAAAUUCUGGU